GUUCGGUGCCAUUGUGUGAAGAAGGAAGAUUUAUCCCUCCGUGAAAAAGUGAAAAUUGUGCUAUUAGUUUUGUUAUUUUAUGCCCGUGUCUAUUGCCAAUCGUGAGUUUAUGGUUGAGAGGGCCCAUAUUGACCAUUUGUGGCCGGUGAACUGUACCGGAUAAACGUUAAAAGUAGUUCGGAAAAGACGGAUCGGUCGUGACCCUAUCAUCAUUACUCCUCAACGCAAUGGAGUAGGCGAACGAAGAGGUGCGGUGGCAAGAUUCCUUCCGAACAAGAGGAACUAAAUGCACAAGCAGCAGUUUUUGUCGAUGUGUGCGUGUGCUACUACUGUGGCUGUUUAGAAGUAAAGAAGCUGCUGCCGAUUUUUUUCCAGUGUCUUUAGUGUGCGUGUGUCAAGCAACGGUUGGCCGUCCCGCUUAUGCGCUUUGAUGGGUUUAUACUGGAAUCUGGAGUGACCUAGAAAUACGGAGGAGAAAGCAAGACAGAUCUGGCAACACAUAGUGCCGUAGCAGAUUUUAGUAAGAGGCCAGCAGCAACUAGACGGCGAGCAGCAAAGCAGUCCUACAAGAGUAGCAGCCAAUAACGAGAGCCAGCGUUAUAGACCGCACUCAUGGGGUGGAAAAGCAGAGAACGAGCAGUGCUAUUCAAAAGUUGAAAAAUGGCCGCACCGAAUUCGACAUCGACUCGCCGAACUGUCUCUGCCGAAGGACUGCAACUGCUGGACGGUCGCCUUCUUUGUUCGUUCGAGGCGAAAUCGAGUGCGUAUUGAGUGAAAAGUGGAUAGGAAUAUUGUGUUGCAAUAUUAAAACAGCCGCAAAGAGCAAAACCAGCCACCAGUAUAAGGCCACUAGAAAGGUCCGUGUUUUCUCGUGUUGAAAGUAAUUCUACAAAGCGCAGUAAAGUGAAAUGUGUCUGUUUGUUGGUAGAUAUGCUAUGUCACAAGCCAAUUUUUGAAUACUUGGCAGUAAAUUAACUUCCGGAAAAAUACCAUAGCGAUGUCUAUCCGGAUGGAUAUUUUGGUUCCGGAUGAGCUGGUAGUGGUUUUGGAGCGGACCUGCAACUCUGACCGGGAGUGAAGGAGCCAAAUAAGAAUCAGUCAUCGUUAAUGCGAGAGAAGAAAGGAAGCAGCUGGAAAAUCGAUUUCUACUACCAGUGCAUACAACAGGACUUGUGUCUGUCAAACUAGGGGGAAAAUAGCGAGAAAAGCGCAGAUCUACUUUUGCAUAGUUUACAAUAUCAACAUGCCUAGUGCUUCGUUUUCCUCGUCCCGGUCGUACGUAAGACGGUCCCGCAGGAAGGGAAAUCGGAUUCCGUUGCCAUCAAGAACUUCAGCGCUCUGCGAACCACCAUGUCAGAACAUUCCGGCCCCGAAUGUGGGUGCCGCACCGCCGGGCCAGCAGAACAACGGUCCCGCUCAAACAGCAGCUCCCGGUUCGGGAACGUCUGCCAACCCUGCUUCUUCCAACUCGUCUAGCAAUAGCAGCAACGCCGCGGCAUCGAACAUCAGUAGUAGUGUAAACAAUCUGAACAAUCCGAAUGUACCGAAUAGCACAAGCACCACCACAGCAUCCUCGUCAUCGUCUUCUACGUCGUCAUCGUCUGUACCCUCGUCACAGGGAGCUUCCUCUUCGUCAACGGCUGUCGGCGGUGGCGGAGCAAUGUCUUCGUCAUCCACUGUCUCGCCACCGUCGAUAGCCUCGAAUGCCAUAUCCUCGGUUGCCCUGUCCGAGGUCAAACAAAACUCUAACUCGCCGUACGACCUAAGGAAGAAAUCUCCACUGGCUGCACAUGAUUCCGGUAGCUGGCUUGCCGGAUCCAGCAGCUCCGGUGGUUCUAGUGGUUCCGGGCCAUCAUCGUCCGGAGGCACCAGCAGUUCCAACACUAGCAAUAGUAGUCAUAGCCUUCUGCAAUCACACCAGUAUCAAUCCAUAGCGUAUGACGGCAAUGCCGCAUAUAUGCUACCAGCACGAAAACGUCCAAGACGUACUUAUUCCACCAGCACUGAAGCGUCCGUCUCAUCGACGGGAUCAGUAUCUGCUGCAUGCGGAACUGCGGCUGCUACAGCAAGCAACCCGACACAAGCAUCUGCCAGUGCUGUAGCGUCAACACUCUGCAUGCAAUCAGCUGCUCAUUAUUUGCAGUAUGAAAUGCCGGACGAGGUACUAUUGACUAUCUUUUCAUAUUUACUCGAGCAGGACCUGUGCAGGGUGUCGCUCGUGUGUAAGCGCUUCCAAACAAUCGCUAACGAUACGGAAUUAUGGAAGCGACUGUACCAGAAUGUGUAUGAGUAUGACAUGCCCCUCUUCAAUCCCGAACAUUGCAAGUUCAUUUUCGUUAAGUCGGAAGACUCUGACUAUGCCAAUCCGUGGAAAGAGAGUUUCCGACAGUUGUAUCGCGGAAUCCAUGUGCGACCUGGCUACCAGGAACGACGGUAUCAUAGUCGGAAUAUAGCGUAUUUUAACACGGUUCAGGCGGCGCUCGAUUACGCCGACGAAAAAAACUCGGCCAACAAUGGAUCCGCCGGUUCUGUUGGAGGGAGCAAUAGUAGUAGUAACAGUAGCAGUAGUAGCAAUGCCAAUAAUAGUAGCUCUAGCAACAAUCCAGGCUCCGCUGCGGGCGGUAGCGGUGGAGCAAGUGGAAACGGUGGAAUGGAUGGGGAUGAAUGCUAUCCGUCAGAGAACAAUGGGUCGUUGAUUUUCCUGCACCAUGGGACCUAUCGAGGGGAAUUCUUGGUAAUCGACUCGGAUGUGGCCCUGAUCGGAGCCGCAUCUGGCAAUGUAGCCGAAUCGAUUAUUCUCGAGCGGGAAUCAGAAUCGACGGUAAUGUUCGUCGAAGGAGCCAAGCACGCGUAUGUUGGCCAUAUGACGCUGAAAUUCUCCCCGGACGUGACAUCCACGGUGCCCCACCAUAAACACUACUGCCUGGAGGUCAGUGAGAAUUGCAGCCCAACGAUAGAUCACUGUAUUAUUCGGAGCACUUCAGUGGUGGGGGCCGCAGUGUGCGUUAGUGGUGUGGGUGCCAAUCCGCUGAUCAAGUACUGCGACAUAAGCGACUGUGAAAACGUCGGCCUGUACGUGACCGACUACGCCCAGGGUACGUACGAGCACAACGAGAUCAGCCGGAACGCACUGGCCGGUAUCUGGGUUAAAAACUAUGCUAGUCCAAUCAUGCGCGAGAAUCACAUCCACCACGGCCGGGACGUAGGCAUUUUUACUUUCGACAACGGAAUGGGGUACUUUGAAAAGAAUGACAUUCACAAUAAUCGGAUAGCGGGAUUCGAAGUAAAAGCAGGGGCCAAUCCGACGGUGGUCAAGUGUGAGAUUCAUCACGGUCAAACCGGAGGCAUAUACGUGCAUGAAAAUGGACUGGGGCAGUUCAUAGAGAAUAAAAUUCAUUCCAAUAAUUUUGCGGGUGUUUGGAUCACAUCCAACAGUAAUCCGACGAUACGGAAAAAUGAAAUUUAUAACGGACACCAGGGUGGGGUGUACAUUUUCGGCGAAGGUCGAGGGUUGAUCGAGCACAAUAACAUCUAUGGAAACGCGCUGGCCGGGAUACAAAUCCGUACUACGAGCGAUCCAAUCGUUCGGCACAACAAAAUUCACCAUGGACAACAUGGAGGUAUAUACGUGCACGAGAAAGGACAAGGUUUGAUAGAGGAAAACGAAGUGUAUGCUAAUACGCUGGCUGGUGUGUGGAUCACAACCGGAAGUACACCUGUUUUGAGGCGGAAUAGGAUUCACUCGGGCAAACAAGUGGGGGUAUACUUUUAUGACAAUGGUCAUGGUAAACUGGAGGAUAAUGACAUAUUCAACCACUUGUACUCUGGAGUGCAGAUUCGAACGGGAAGUAAUCCAGUGAUUCGGGGAAACAAAAUUUGGGGUGGUCAAAAUGGAGGUGUCCUAGUGUACAAUGGCGGGUUGGGUUUGCUUGAGCAGAAUGAAAUAUUUGACAAUGCCAUGGCCGGUGUGUGGAUCAAGACUGACUCGAAUCCCACAUUAAAAAGGAACAAAAUCUAUGAUGGCCGCGAUGGUGGUAUAUGUAUUUUCAACGGCGGUAAAGGAGUCUUAGAAGAGAAUGAUAUAUUUCGAAACACGCAAGCAGGAGUCCUAAUAUCCACACAGAGUCAUCCAAUAUUGAAGCGCAACCGGAUAUUCGAUGGUUUAGCGGCGGGUGUUGAAAUUACCAACAACGCAACAGCCACGUUGGAAUUCAAUCAAAUAUUUAACAACAAAUUCGGUGGCUUAUGUUUAGCUAGCGGCGUUCAACCGAUAACGCGCGGUAACAAGAUCUUUAAUAACCAGGACGAAGUCGAGAAGGCGGUUUCCGGGGGCCAGUGCCUGUAUAAAAUCAGCUCUUACACAUCGUUUCCGAUGCAUGACUUCUACCGAUGUCACACGUGCAAUACAACCGACCGGAAUGCGAUCUGUGUGAACUGUAUCAAAACGUGUCAUGCGGGCCAUGAUGUCGAGUUCAUUCGACACGAUCGAUUUUUUUGUGAUUGCGGAGCCGGUACACUUACGAACCAGUGCCAGCUGCAGGGCGAACCGACACAGGACACCGACACUCUGUACGAUUCCGCCGCGCCAAUGGAAUCGCACACGCUGAUGGUAAACUAGGGACUUGUUAUAUUCAUAAUCCUGUGCUAAAGUGUAGCAAAAGAAAAAAAAAACGCUUGAAAUCUGAAAUAUGUACACGCAGAAAUACUCCUCCGUACUUAUUAAUUGGAAGAGUUGACCAGCUCAUCGUAUUUUAUAAUUGUGUGAACAACCGGCUGCAAAAUAAACAACUUAAAAUAUUACAACUUGCUCUCAUCGGAGGAAAGUAGUCAAACACACGUAAAUGAAAAUGAUGCAACUUGAUUAAAGGAACCUAAUAGUGUUUGAACGUAUGCGUUACGAUUUUUCGAUAAGAGUUAUCUUAACAAUCAACAAACAGAAGUAACAUAAAAAUCAUGACACCUACCGUGUUUCCGUGCCACUUUUUAGUGGAGUACUUUCUUUCCUAGCGUUUUGGAUCAUGUAACAAAAAUCAGGCGUAAUUGGAAAUCAUAGCAUCCCACAACUGUAGCAAACCACGUUCACGCCUAAGGCUGUCAACAAGCAACGUAAAAGAAUCUCAUUUGGUUUUGAAAGAAUCGAAAAAACGUGAUUGGUUUUGAAUUUGCAAUUGAAUUGAGUGACAAAAAAGUAAAACCCAGCCAAAACUCAGGACGUGAGUAAUUCGAUUUCCGUGUGACUAUUAUUUAUGUUGUGUAGAAAAUUACGUAUUUCAUGGAAGGCAUUGCAGUGGUGCACCUGAACGGAGCUCUUUUUAUAUGAAGAAAAACAGUAAUGAACUUAGCAAAAUUGAAUGAAACAUUGUAAGUAUUAUGGUCUGAUUAGUGAGGCAGUUCUACCGCAACUGCUUGCAGUUCGAUUAUAUAUUUAAUGUUUUUAUGUUGUUUCCAAGUAUCACAAAACUAUUGUACAUAGAGUGUUAAUGUAAGGAUCGCGCACGGCGAAGCAAAACCGAUAUCUGUACUGAAUAAGAACUUUUAGUUAGAUGUUUUAACAUCAGUAAUUCCUUGGUUCAUAUACUGCAAAAAAAAGGAACCUUAAACCAUACUGAUUUAAUUUUUCUUUGUAUAUAAAAUGGCAGCUCUAAAAGUUCAGUUUAUCAAGCCAUCAUGAAAAUGACUUUUUGUGUUCUGAAACCGUAUGAUUAUGCUAGCGUAUUGCUCCAUAAUAUAGCAACAGGCGACGUUCAAUGUUUAUGAUGCAGAUUAACUAAAUUGAUUAUUAUGAAUUUGUUUACUCUGUCCUGUUGUUCCUCGCAAAGUAACAUAAUAUUCACUCCCUAUUCUUGAUAAUAAACCCUUUCCAGCCGUUUGUGUGUAUGCCGAUCCUAUGCAGCACAUUUUCACAACUAGUACGUAGUUGUUCAGAAUAUUCGAUUUAAUUUUCGUCAGCUUACUUUCUUCCUCUACUACAUUCGCUUACUAAGCCUAUCCCGUCCCAGAUUAGGCAAAGUUGUGUCCCAGUGCAUUUAUCUGUGUUACAGGCUAGAUUUUAUACUGCUAAACCGAACAAUUUAUAAUUACUCUAAAUCGCGACUUGUGUUUUUAUUUAGUAUCGAAUAAUGAAUGUGUUCUACUCGUACCGUUAGUUGUAUUAUUUUAAAUUUUAUCGAACUGUAUUAUAACAAUAGUUACUGUGUACGUGUUUUGUACUAUUAUUAGUUUUUUAGAAACACUCAACGUGCCCGCAGACCGAGUGCGUAAUGGAACACGCUGGAUAAUGUGAAAUUUUAAUUGUAUUAAUUUUGUGUAUGUUAAUAAAUUUAUUAGGGGAAUAGAUCGACACUGUACUGAAUUACUUAGUCUAUUAAGCCAGGAAAUUGUUGAACAGAACGCAUCAGCAAAACGAAGAAGAGAGUGGAUCUGUAAAUUAUUGUAUGUACUAUAUAUGUACUCACACUCACCCACACACACAAUGCACCUUUUGCGCUAUAACAAGCUUUUUAUACAAAUUUUAUAAUCUGUUUUUGUUUUGUUGUUUUUAAUGAUCGUUUUUAGGGUAGAAAGAAACAUUCCUUGCGUUAUUUUCUCACGCUUUUCGGAUCCUAAUUAUUUUUUCGAUCUGUUAAUCUUCUUCGCUAUGAGUUGUUAUGAUUGUGUUCUAUGGCUGUCUGCUUACCGUUUAUCAUUUGGUUGGUAUUCAAACGUGAAGAAAAAACUGGGGUAUUCUUUUCGAUUAUUUUGAACGAGCUAGCUAUUGUACUGAUUGUUGCAGUGUUUUCAAAUUUUGCCGGUAACUGCUCGGAAUCUGCUUCGUUUCAAGUAUUAUUCAGUUAUUUGCUUACGUGGUCAGGUGUUGAAAAGCGCGUGUUUUUUUAUUAUUUUACUAUCAAUUUCGAAAGCAAAUAUUAAAUUUCCUCAUUCACAGAUAAUUUGGAUACCAUUGCACCGAAUUUUUCACCGGUAGAAGUAACUUACGACAGUCUUAAAAUGGAAGCUAGGGAAAUCGAAUCAAUGCGUCGAAAACUAAACCCGUGAGAACAAGAGGAUGGAAGGAGAGUAAUAUUUACUUUGCAAACCGAUCGUUCUGAGAUGGUGACAAAAUUGAAGUGAUUGGCAAGUUCGUACAUUUGAAAUCACUGAUGACGGGUUGGAAAUUUUCGCUACCUUCAUUCUUUAAUCGACUCAUAAGUGCCGCCGCAUAAAGUUGACGCUGUUCAAAACACAACAUCUAAAGUCCUCUCUAAAGACCAUUGGAGUUUUCAAACAAAAACUAUUGCAAACAGUAUAUGGCAGAACCAUGUCGUAAAAGUCGUAUGGAGAUGAUUUCUAGAGACAGCACGAGCCACUAGUCUGAGCAAUACUAUCUGUUAGGUACCCGAUCCCCGGUGGAAGCUUGCAAACAUUUCCAGUUCCGUGAAGCCACGCAAUGAGUUUCGUCAAGUACAUACCAUAAAACUGGAAAAUGAACAAGAACAGUAAUGGCAUAGCUAGAAAAAAUAGUUUCAUGUCUGAGUAAUCCUAGAUGCUAAACCAUCCUCAAAGGAGUAAUAGGACAAUAUUCACUUCACACUGAUUUCACCGUGAAGUGACCAGUCGGUUUCAUUAUUCAAGCAUUGCGCAGUUAAUGUUUGCUAACAGAAAUGGUAACGGUAACCAAACUGGUCGUUUAAAGUGAACGGUUACUGGAGCGGAACUAUGCUGCACUUGCUCUAACUGUUUAUUAUACAAAAAGACUUCGCAGUAAGCUGUUUAAUGUACAGGAGGACAAUUGGGGGCCUAGCGCUGCGAUCCUCUCACUUUCUCAAUCAUCCAUACCACACAUACAACGAGUGCAGGGUUACCAUGGUGUCAUGGUGUGGACCUCUAUCGAACUCUCUAUUGAAUAUUAUCUGCGCUGAUCGCUCCUCUGUAACUCGUGCCAACUCUCGAGGCCGUAUUUUAUCAGAUUAAUGCAUGAUUCAUACGCCUGCACCACACUCCAUUCUCUAGUACCCGAUCCCCGGUGGAAGCUUGCAAACAUUUCCAGUUCCGUGAAGCCACGCAAUGAGUUUCGUCAAGUACAUACCAUAAAACUGGAAAAUGAACAAGAACAGUAAUGGCAUAGCUAGAAAAAAUAGUUUCAUGUCUGAGUAAUCCUAGAUGCUAAACCAUCCUCAAAGGAGUAAUAGGACAAUAUUCACUUCACACUGAUUUCACCGUGAAGUGACCAGUCGGUUUCAUUAUUCAAGCAUUGCGCAGUUAAUGUUUGCUAACAGAAAUGGUAACGGUAACCAAACUGGUCGUUUAAAGUGAACGGUUACUGGAGCGGAACUAUGCUGCACUUGCUCUAACUGUUUAUUAUACAAAAAGACUUCGCAGUAAGCUGUUUAAUGUACAGGAGGACAAUUGGGGGCCUAGCGCUGCGAUCCUCUCACUUUCUCAAUCAUCCAUACCACACAUACAACGAGUGCAGGGUUACCAUGGUGUCAUGGUGUGGACCUCUAUCGAACUCUCUAUUGAAUAUUAUCUGCGCUGAUCGCUCCUCUGUAACUCGUGCCAACUCUCGAGGCCGUAUUUUAUCAGAUUAAUGCAUGAUUCAUACGCCUGCACCACACUCCAUUCUCUAGUUUUCCGCCAAGUACUAUACGCAGGAUCCUACAGUCGAAGACUUCAAGCGAUCACCGGUUGGCCUCCUUCGUCGACCAGCACUCAAAGCAAAAGAGUACAAUCGGGAGAAUCAGCGUCCUGUAGAGCGCAAAUUUCGUGGAUUUAAGCUGGCUACCUAAACCGUAAAUGGUUCUGUUUGCGGCCGCUAUCCGUCUCUUCACUUCGUGACACUCGUCACGAGAGUACCAAGGUACACAAUAAUGCUCAGCAAUUAUUGAAUACUAGUUCAAACACAGAAUAAAAACUACACUGAAACUAAGUACAUCAAACAGUUCAUCGGUGCCCGAUGGACAAGCUUGAAGUGGACUAGAUAAGAACUGCAUAGUUUAGAGGGAGUUGAUACGUGGAAUUCGAAUUACGACAAUCGCACAGCUUGAUUUAGAGUUCUAAAAGUCUAACUCGGACUAGGGAGAACAUCGUGGGCGCAAGCGCCAGAUUAUCCGUUGUUCGCUACUCCAGCAAGUUUGUUCAAAAAUGGCAACUAAGCUGCGAGCUCAAAUUUGUUUGCUCGAUUUUUUCUAGAGUACCACAAGGCAGCCACCUGGGCCCAUUAUUUUUCAUCAGCGACAAGGUUUUAAACUUAAUCAAUGGUGCUCUAGCGAGUUAAUUUUUUGGUUUAAUAUCUCCAUACAAGUUUCAUGGAAUUGCAUAAUUUUCAACCUCAUAUCUGACCUCGAGGUACGACGCUGGUCUAACACUUUGAUUAUAAACAGAUGUGUUUUAUAAAAUGCAAAAAUACUAUCGGCUUUUUAAAUUUACCAAGAAAGUGUUUGGUUGUCGCGUGCAAUGAAUGAAUCAGUACUGUCGAUCGAUAUUUACCAUUCCCAGUACGCUGUGACGUUGCAAAGAUGCUCGAGUGUUUUGUUCUUCCAGAAUUUUAUUUUCAUUUACACAAUAUUUAGAGUUAACGUAGAACUCCCAUUAUCGGUAAAUCGGUACCCCUUGUAUAUAGCAGCUAGGAUCAUCUUUUCUUUUAUAAAGUAAAAACCAUAAAAAAAUUCAAAAAAUAUUUUCAGGACCCGAACGAACGAACGCGAAAAAGAAAACCAAAAUCAAAUUCCAUUUAGAACAAAGUUUUUCUUACACUCGUACAGCUGCUACUAGCAGCUGGGAAGAUCUAAAUUUACGACUAUUAUCACUAACUAUCACUACUAGGCAUUGUAAAUGUGUAAGUGUUUAAUGCAAAUCCAGAACAAAAAAAAAAUAGUUUCCUCUGAAAAGAAACGAAAAACAAAAAUAUCGAACAAAACUCUAAAUUUAGCGUGAUUUGAAGGUUUGAUUAACGAUCGUGGUUGAACAUUUUAAAUGAAAAACAAAUUGGCGCGUAAGAGAGGAGGGAAAGUGAUAAACAUAUUAAAUUAAUGAAAAAAUAAAAAAACACUAAUUCAUUGUUAGGAAUGAUGCUGGUAAACUUGAGAAGAAAACCUACUAUCACAUGUACUGGAUUUUGGAGUAAAGCAGUGGAAUGAAGCUAACCCACACACACACUCACAAACGUAAACCAUAGAUACACACAGUCAUUAACAAAUAAAACGUGUACCGCUUAUAGGUAUAACAAAUGGGCAAAUCAAUAAAUAAUAAUCAUAACCUUAAGGGAUAGUGCCGACUGCGCGAAACUUGACGAACAGAACAAAAGGAAGAGUAAAUCAAUGCAGACAACAACAACACAAAUAACGAAAUCAAUGAGAGCGUAAUCAAGGGGAAUAAAAAAUGAUAUUUAUAAUUGACUAAUGAAUGUA